CUCGAAUUUAAGCCUUCUCAAUCCGUUCCCCUCUCUCUGUCUCUCUCUCUCCCUCCUAACGUUUUUCUCCCAACGCUAAUCCGACGCGACUCCGACGGUUGUCUCGCCCUCCGGCGACGCUGCUAAAAGACCUUCCCUCGAAGUGGAAACUCUUCCAUCUCCAUUCUCUGCGGCUACAUCUGAACAUUUUGCCUCAAGCAGGCAAUAUAGGAUCCCAUUAAUGUUGAAAUCUAAUUGAUUCAUGUAUCAAAUCAUCUGAGUGAAACCAGCUCGAAGAGUUGUUACACCAGGUGGUUGAGAUCUAUUGAGAUGCAGUCACGGCCUACAAAAAUUACCCUAAGGGUGAAAAGGGCAGAAAAUGGCUUCAACAGUUCUACUUUCUCAGAUCAACUGGAUAACACUAUUCAGAAACCCAUAGAUGUUUGGUCGGAAGAGGAAGAGGACGAGGAACAUAGCGCAGAUGAUGAUGACAAUCAGUCUGGUGAAGAUGCUCAGAAGCAAUUGGUGGUUUAUGACCCUGCUGCUACUGGUACUGGUGAAAUUGAAGUUGUCCCUGAUGCCGAGUACCAACGUCCGCGUUUCCCAAGAACAUCUUCCAGAGUGUUGCCAUCUGUGGGGGCUUUCACCGUCCAGUGUGCCAACUGUUUUAAAUGGAGACUCAUACCUACGAAGGAAAAGUAUGAGGAAAUACGCGAACACAUUUUAGAGCAGCCUUUUUUCUGUGAAACAGCUCGUGAGUGGCGGCCUGAAAUAUCAUGUGAAGAUCCGCCUGACAUUUGUCAAGAUGGCAGCAGGCUCUGGGCAAUUGAUAAGCCUAAUAUUGCCCAACCUCCUCCUGGGUGGCAGCGGCUGCUACGGAUCAGAGGUGAAGGAAGCACCAAGUUUGCAGAUGUGUAUUAUGUUGCACCACCAGGCAAGAGACUUCGCUCUAUGGUUGAGGUUCAAAGGUACUUGCUGGAACAUCCAGAGUACAUGGAGGCAGGGGUGACUAUGUCACAAUUUUCAUUUCAAAUCCCAAGACCUUUGCAAGAGAAUUACGUGAGGAAGCGUCCUGCUCCUGUUCGUUUGAUAGCAGCUCCAUGUGGUGGCACUAAUGUGGGGAUGGCUGGUCUUCUUGAAUCUUCUGAUGUAAAUCCGCUAGCAUGGGCAGGCCCAGACGAGAAUACAGAUUUGCGGCUUGGUGGGCCAGGGCUUUCUACUCCGUUGUCUGAAGCGCCUCCUUCUGAACAUAUAAAUCGACCAGAAAAAAAGCGGGCAAGGAUUGCACCAUCAUCUAAAGAUAAGAUGUGCAGUAAUAAUAAUAUUAGUCCAGCGGUGUCCUCUGAUCAGCAGCGGCAGCAGACUGCAAAGGUGGAAGAGCCUCCUUCCCUCUCUUGAUCUUCAUCUUCAUCUUGAUCUGUAUUAGUAGUACUAGUAGUAGUCUGAAGCCCUUUUUUUGUAUGCUGAGGUUACUAUGUUACAAGAUGAUGUCUUCUUUUGCGUCUGUUUUGUAUGUGGGCCAAAAAAAAUAACAUGGAGUUAUAUGUGGUUUUUGUGAACUUCAAUUUACAUUGUGAUGGGCUUGGUGCUGGUUCGUUGUAGGAAAAGAAGACACAUGAUAUUGUUAUCACAGUUGAUGUUUAAAAAAAAAUUAUAUGAAAGAAAAGCAUUUUGGGGUUAGUUUA